AUGGACGAGAUUCCUAGAGAAGAAUCUACUGAACAAGAAUUUAAAAUGGAGAGGAAUCAACUGGACGUGAAUUUCAUAGAGAAAAAUCUAUUGGAGAAGAAUUUAAUAGAGACGAAUUUAAUAGAGGCUGCUGAAAAGUUUACUAAGAGUAAAAAUGUACUGAAGAAGAAUCUAGUGAAGGGUAAUCAACUGGAGAGGAAUCAGUUGGUGAAUAGUGUUUUGGAGAAGAAUUUGCUGGAAAAGAAUCAACUGGAGAAGAAUUUAAUGGACGAAAAUCAGCUGGAGAAUAGUUUUCUUGAGAAGAAUUUACCUGAGAGUAUUUAUUUAAUAGGAGAAAAUUUUACUGAAAAAAAUCUACUGAUGAAGAAUCUAGCGAAGAGGAAUCAACUGGAGAUAAAUCAGUUGGCGAAAGGAAGAGACCUGGAGGUGAUUGAUAAUAGAGACAGGUCGAGGAAGGCGAAAGGAAGAGACCUGGAGGAGGUUGAUAAUAGAGACAGGUCGAAGAAGGCGAAAGGAAGAGACCUGGAGGUGAUUGAUAAUAGAGAUAGGUCGAAGAAGGCGAAAGGAAGAGACCUGGAGGAGAUUGAUAAUAGAGACAGGUCGAAGAAGGCGAAAGGAAGAGACCUAGGAUCUGGAGGAGAUGGUUGGGAAACUGGUAGAGGACCUGGUGGAGUAUUUAAAGAGUGUAGAGACAUUGGCGGAGGGAUUGUUAUAUAUGAGUGGAGUAGGCCUGAGAUUUCCUUAAAUAAAAAAACGGACAGGAGCAAGAGCAACAGCAAGAGCAACAGCAAGAGCAACAGCAAGAGCAACAGCAAGAGCAACAGCAAGAGCAACAGCAAGAGCAACAGCAAGAGCAACAGCAAGAGCAACAGCAAGAGCAACAGCAAGAGCAACAGCAAGAGCAACAGCAAGAGCAACAGCAAGAGCAACAGCAAGAGCAACAGCAAGAGCAACAGCAAGAGCAACAGCAACAUCAAGAGCAACAGCAAGAGCAACAGCAUCAGCAAGAGCAACAACAACAGCAACACCAAGAACAAAAGCAACAGCCACAGCAACAGCCACAGCAAAAAUUGGCAGGUCUCGACAGUUCUUUUAGAAGACCAAAGGAACUUCGUCCCUUCAUCAUAUCAUAGGAAAUUGGGGAAAAGUCUUCUCGAGUCUACGGUGGUUCUAAAAAACGAAAAAUGGAAAGAAGAACGAAAGAAGGACGAUAGAAAGACGAAAGAAGGAAAGCAUCAGGAUGAUAGAAGGAAAGAUGACGAAAUAAGGACGAUAGAAAGACGAAAGAAAGAAAGCAUCAGAACGAUAGAAGGAAAGAUGACGAAAGAAGAACGAAAGAACGAAAGAAGGACGAUAAACAGACGAAAGAAGGAAAGCAUCAGAACGAUAGAAGGAAAGAUGACGAAAGAACAAGGAAAUAACGAAAGAAGAACGAAAGAAGGACGAAAGAAGGAAAGCGACAGAACGAUAGAAGGAAAGAUGACGAAAGAAGGACGAAAGAAGGAAAGCAUCAGGACGAUAGAAAGAAAGAUGACGAAAGAAGAAGUAAAUAACGAAAGAAGUAAAUAA